UAUUUGCUGCAAAUUCACAACCAGGUAUUUUUAUUCCUCGUGGUGCAUUUGCUGUAAUUAUAUCUCGAAUGCUUUAUGCAAGUGUGUCUUAGCGCAGUGAAGCUUACGGCGUCACAUCCUUAACCGAGUAUUUUUAUCUCGCUCGCGCACCCCAGAGCUACUUGGGGCUAUGCCGGGAAGUGGAGUCCCACCGGGACCUGUACGGGCGCCUGCAGCGUCGCGCGGCUCGCUCCGACGGCACGGUGCUCAGCCAGGCCUGGCCCCUAAUGGAGGGCCGCUGGAAGGCCCUGGAGGCCGGGCUGGCCCAGUGGCGCCUGAGGCUGGACCGGGGCCUGCCCGGCCGCCUGGCGCAAGUGGCCGAGUGGCUGGCACAGACCGAGGAGCAGUUGAGGAACGACCCCCUGCCGCAGGGGCAGCUGGACGGCGCGGCGGUGGCCGCCAAACUGGCUGAGUACCAGUCGCUCCUGGCUGACUUAGAAGAUGUAGGGAAGUGGCUGGCAGAGCAGAAAGCUUCCCCCGCCGUGGUGGCCGCCGUGGCGCCCGAACACAUUGCCGAGCUGCAGAGGCGCGUCACGGACCUUUCGUCCUCCGUGCGGAAGCGUCUGCUCCUCUUGGACAUGGAGCGGCGCAAGCACGCCCUCCUGACCCUGGUGCGGUCCGUGGAACAGCAUUUGGCACAGCUGGAGCUCAAGCAUGGAUCUCGGCAGCAGGUGGAAGAGCUCCUGAAGAAGCACAAGGAACUGCUGGAGAGGGACCAGGUGUUUCAGCAGUUUGAACGGCUCUUCCGGGAACUCCAGGAAGCGCUGGACAUGUGCCAGCGGGGGUCUGCACUUGGUUUCCAAGAGGUUGACGACCAGGCAAGGUACCUAGGCGAGGUGCACGAACACUGGGCCACCCUGUCGGCUCGUCUUCGCACGGCGGGCAGCGUCCUGGCGGAAGUGGCGGCGCAGUGGCAGCAGUACGACGCCCACUACGGACCGGUCGUGCAGUGGCUCGACCGGGCCGAGAUCGUACUCCGAUCCGCGCCGGAGCAACAACAGGAGUUCUUCAAUGACCUUCCCAGCUGGAAUGAAAAGAAAAAGUGCGUAGUUGAUUCUGGCCAGUACCUCGCCGCAACGAGCAGGGAUGACCUGGCGUCAACGCUCCGUUCCCAAGUGCAAGGAGUGAAGCAACGCUGGGAUGCACUCUACCCGCAGGUAUGCAGACGCAACGGGUUCCAACUUGUCGCUGAAGCUGCACCGCUUUAUAAAAAGUAA